AUGGAGCAGAGCACAGCAUACAUAGGAUGUGAGGUUUCGAAAGUGCCUUUAUCUGAUAUUGCUCAGAGGAUUCUGACAGCUUUGCAGUCUAUUCCUGUAGAAGUUCAGACUGACAGGGAAAAUACCCAGAGUAUAGAGAAGACAAAGGAAAUUAAGCUAGGUGAUAAGGAUGCACAGCUGAGAAAUGAAAAGGCAAGUAUUUGUGAUUCCAGAGUUGCUGUAUUAAAAACAUCUGCCAGCCCUGAACAAGGUACUGCUGCUCAGAUAGUCAGGGCAGUGCAUACCAAUGAAAUGCUUUGCUGCCAAGGCACCAAUAGAGUGAACAUUCAGCAUUCAGGCUUGCCAACAGGUGGAUAUGGAGAAAGAAAUGUUUCAGCAGAAGCAAAACACCUGAAGGAUGGGGAAAAGAAAACAGCAGUUCCUCUUAAAAGAAAGCAAAAUGUAGCUGCAUCUGGUUCAGAGAAAAUAAGAAGAUUACAUGUAACAACCUGUACUUCUUCACGUGAGAACACAUACAACUGUACUUCUGGACAAACAGAGACUUCUGGAAAUUAUCCUUGUGAUAUCAGCAGUUUAGGAUGUAAAGAGCAAAGAGAACUGCUUGCAGCUAUAGAACAAGCUGUGGCUUUUGUAACUACUAUGAUAUUUCAAGAUGGUUCUUCACAGCUCAACUCAGAGCAGGUCUCAACCUCCUCAGUAAAAGGAGUAGUUGUGCUGGUGAAGAAUCAGACCGAUCACUCUUGCCCUCCCAGUUACUCUUCACCUUGCUGUACUUGGAAUGCUGCCAGUGAGAAUGAUAAAUUGAUAUACUUAAAAACUGAACGAUCAUCUCCCUGGGAACAAGGACAACAGGCUCACAAGAAGUUUUCUUGGCAAGUGUUGUUUCAAAUGCUGCAGUGCAAAGUUCCAAUAAUUUGCUUUAAUGCAAAAGAUUUCCUGAGGACUCUACUGCAAGUCUAUGGCAAUGAAAUUAGCUGGAAACAAGUUGCUGAUGGUGUCGUGUUAGACCCAAGGAUUGCAGCGUGGCUGAUAGACCCCAGUGACACAGUCCCUUCCUUUGAAAGUUUAAUACAGAAGUAUUUUGAAAAGCCUUUGCCAAAGGGAACAGAAAAUAUGGAUACAGGCACUGUGAGAAAUGCAUCUUAUCAAAACUUAGGUGUGAACUUGGAGAAGCUUUAUAAGGUAAUGAUGGAUCUUGCUCAUGACUUAAAGGCUCAAGGUUUGUGGAACUUAUUUUGCACAUUAGAGCUUCCACUUAUCAAAAUUCUGGCAGUGAUGGAAACACACAAAAUAUAUGUGAACAAACAAGAACUGAAAAAAACAUCAGAGAUUCUGGGGUUGCGGCUCAAAGAGCUUGAACAAGAAGCUCAUCAAGUUGCUGGAGAACGAUUCCUUUUGACCAGCAGUUAUCAGCUCAGAGAGGUACUAUUUGAUAAAUUAAAGCUGCACACACUGUGUGAGAAACUUCCCAGAACUGAAAUGCAACAGCUUGUGUCCACCUCAGAAGUUGCGCUACAUAAAUUGCAAGAUCUUCAUCCUUUGCCUAAGAUAAUUUUAGAAUACCGUCAGGUUCAUAAGAUGAAAUCAGCUUAUGUGGAUGGACUUCAAACAUGCAUGAGAAAGGGAUUUAUUUCCUCCACAUGGAAUCAGACAGGAACUGUGACUGGCAGACUUUCAGCCAAACAUCCUAACAUUCAAGGGAUCUCUAAACAUCCACUUAAAAUUGCAAAGAAACAGUACAUAAGAGGAAAAGAAGAGGACAUAAUAACUAUUUCCCCAAGAACAUUGUUUGUUUCCAAAAACGGAUGUACGUUUUUAGCAGCAGAUUUUUCCCAUAUUGAAUUAAGGAUCCUUGCUGACUUAUCAUCUGAACCAGAACUUUUGAAACUGUUCCAAGAACCUGAAACCACUGAUAUAUUUUCCACACUGGCUGCUCAGUGGAAGGGGAUUCCAAGUGAAGAAGUGAAACAUACUGAUAGAGAGCAAGCAAAGCGAAUAGUUUACUCAGUGGUUUAUGGAGCAGGUAAAGAACGUCUUGCAGACUGCUUGGGAAUUACUCCUCUUCAAGCCAGUCAAUUUAUAGAGAGUUUUAUGCAAAAAUAUAAGAAAGUACAUGAAUUUACAAAGAAAACCAUUGAACAAUGCCGAAAUAAAGGUUAUGUGGUUUCCAUAAUGGGACGUAAAAGGCCACUGGCUAAUAUCAGUGCACAGGACUACAAGCUGCGCACUCAGGCAGAGAGACAGGCUGUCAACUUUGUUGUUCAAGGCUCUGCAGCUGAUCUUUGUAAAAUGGCUAUGGUGAAGAUUUUUACCUCUGUUGUUGUUUCUCCUACUUUAACAGCCAGGUUGAUUGCCCAGAUCCAUGACGAAUUAUUGUUUGAAGUAGAAGAUUCUCAAAUCCAGGAAUUUUCAGCACUGGUAAAAAGAACAAUGGAGUCCCUGCAGGAAACCACAGCCCUGGAAGUGCCACUAAAGGUUCCCUUGAAAGUGAUUCUCACCACUGGGAAAUCAUGGGGGUGUAUGUCAGAAUUGCAGGAGAUGUAG